AUGACGAUCCCCAACCCCACGCCCACCAAAACUGUCGUCGUCCUCGGAUCCGCGUACGGCGGUAUAGGAGCCGCGGGCAGUCUCGCCCGCCGCCUGCCCCCCGACUGGCGCGUCGUCGUGAUUGACCGCAACACGCAUGCGAAUCACGUCUACCCCUUUCCCCGCUUCACCGUCCUCCCGCAACACGCGCCCAAGGCCUUCCUCCCACUCACGCAGGUUCUCGCCAACGGCCGCGUCACCGAGUUCCAACCCAACGUCCCACCCCAAGACCGCACAGGCUCCCCCCUGCCCCCCGCGGGACCGCUCAACCACGACUCCCCCCACCGCCAGAUCCACGGCACCAUCACCGCCCUCUCCCGCAACAGCGUGACUUUCACUACCAAUGGGCUGGGUGACGCCUCUGACCGCGUCGAGACAGUCGACUUUGACUACUGCGUCUAUGCGCUCGGAGGCGCCCUCUCGGAACCAUGCGAUGUGUGGGGAGAACAUGAGCGUGGACAUGCACGGACAGGGACGAAGAAGGGUGGUGUGGCGUUCUUGGAGAGGAAGGGAUCGGUCGUCGAGGCCGCGGAGAGCGUCAUUGUCGUCGGUGGCGGCGCGCUUGGGAUCCAAUUCGCCACCGACAUCAAAGACGUCCACCCCUCCAAAUCCGUGACCCUCCUCCACUCCCGCACCCGCCUGAUGCCCAUCUACGCCAAGGGCCUGCACGACCAAGUGGUACGCCGUUGCGCCGACCUCGGAAUCAACGUGAUUCUCGGGGAACGGGUCGUCGAAUGGCCCACCAACCCCGGCGUCGUGGACGGCAGCCCAAAAACCAUCACCACCGACAAGGGCUCCCGCCUGAGCGCCGACCUCGUGUUGGUGUGUACCGGCAGCCGGCCUCAUUCCUCCUUUAUGGCGUCUCUUGAUCCAACAACGGUUGCUGAGAACGGGUGUAUUCGCGUCAACGAGGCGUUGCAAGUCCAAGGAGAGGGGUUGGACCACAUGUUCGCCAUCGGUGACUGUGCGGAUACGACGGCGAUCCGGGCUGGACACAUGAGUUUUGCAAUGGGCAACGUCGCAGCUCGUAACAUUAUUCGCCUUAUUCAAGGAGGCGAAAUGGAAAAGUACGUCCCCGAAGCAGCCAAGAUCAAGGUCACUCUUGGGAUUACGCAUAACUGCGUGGCAAGCGAGAUUGAAGCUGUCCAAGGUGAUAAUGGGGUUGAGGAUAUUGGAGCAAAGGGAAUGUGGGCGCUUGCUGGGGCGCAAGGAAUGCCUGAUGAUGCGUAA